AUGUCUGAGGAGGGAACAACCAAGAAGGCCGAGUCCACGGUCGUGGCUGAUUCGAAGAUGGAACAAAAAUUGCCAAAGCUCAGUGCGCAGGAUUUCCGGGUGUACAAUCGUAUGGCUGAGCAUAUGGACAUGUUUCACAACUCAUUUCGACAGACUUGGGAUAUGCUCCAUCGAGCGUGCAGCAGCGGCCGAAGACCUUCUGGAAUGUCCAUUCGUCAGUUUUUGGCCGCUGGGGAUCAAUUCGCACACCACCUUACCGUACAUCAUGGUAUUGAGGAACAACAUAUAUUCCCAAUUCUCGCGAAGAAGAUGCCGUGUUUUCUACCAGAUCAGGAGCUUUUGACACAGCACAAGGGCAUUCAUGAAGGCUUGGACAGGUUUGAGGCAUAUUUGAGGGACUGCAAGACUGGAGAGCGAGAGUUGAGGAUGGAAGAGAUGAAAGAAAUCAUGGACAGCUUUGGCACAGUGUUGUGGCAACACCUGGAUGAUGAGGUGAAAGCGCUGGGAGCGAAUAACAUGCGGUUGUACUGGACCAAGGGAGAGAUGGCAAGUCUCCCGAUAUGA